AUGACCUUUCCAUCCGUCGCCAAACACCUCCGCCGGCUUCGCUCCCCCGUCUUGAAUCCAACACCGUUUCCGAAGCCUGAGGUGCCACUUCUAAAGAGCGAUAUGUGCUUAGCGAACAUCAAGGACGAUCAGGAAUGCCUGGAACCUGCCAGGGAACAAGCUGUCGCUCCUGUUAUCGAGACAAGAUGUUUGGUCUCUGCUGAAGAAAAAGAGCGCGAUGUUCCAGUCGAGGAGGAUCUUAUGGUCUAUGAGCACAAGAGCUACACCGAGAGCCUUACUUUUCUUCGCCCGAAGCUAGGCCUCAUUGCCGGCGAAUCCGAUGCCUACAAGACUGACCCGACCAUCUUUGUAGGCAUCGACCUCAAGUAUCGCCCCGGUGUGAAGCAGGAUAUUUCUGAAGUUGGCAUUGCCAUCCUCGAUUCUCGCGCCUUGAAGUUUCGACGCCGAGAGGGUCGCAUAUGCCCGCCGGGAUUCCCAAUUCGAGCCUACAAUUUUACCGUGGCGGAUACCCCGAACGCGGAUUUUGCCUUUGGAAAGGCGGAGAUCAUAAGUGCCCAGGAGCUUCCUUCCCUUUUCAAGAAGGUCGCUUUGGGCCACAUGGCACUCCAACCUCUUUACAUGGCACCCAAGAUCAGCGUCGUCUUCGUGGGUCGCGACAUUACGGCGAACUUGGCUCGCAUGGGCCAGGGCGACCCGAAUUUCUGGAAGUCAGAAAAUGGAAUGUCGCUAGAUGUUUCGGGUGUCAUUGAUCUUGACAUCUUGACCGCGGAUAUGGGCCUCGUUCCGGCAAAGCUUGCAAAGCAUCAGUUUCGAUGUGCCGGUAAUGAAGCCAACUAUACCAUCCGAGCAAUGCUCAAGUAUGUUCAUUACAAGACCGAUGACUCUAAUCCAGAGGUCCAAUCAAUGAGGGAUUCGGUGCUCAAAAUCGCCUCGGAAGGCCUUCCCGAUGGUCUCAUUGACGUCACAAACCUGGACGAUGGUAUCCUUUCAAGCAGUGAACCUACCGAACGAUCAUCUGGGUCGGCCGAGAGCUUCUCCUCUAUGAGCAAGACUACCAGUGAGAAGUACAGCAAGGCAAGCGAUACCAUAGGACGUCGAUUCUUAGUCAAAUUGAAGGAGCUCACAGGAACUCACAAGAGGAAGCAACUUGGUCGCCGGAUCAGCAUGACCAAUUUCUUCUCGGAGAAAGACUGCUUGGCUUAG